AUGCACAAAGCCCCUGCUUUCUCGGGCCUAGGUCGGGCUUUUCAAACCCAUUUAUGUAAGAAGAAAAAAAGGCUUGCAAAAAUUGAGGGUGAUAGAGAAAAUGCAGAGGAAAGAAAUGAAUCAUCCUCUGCAGAUUCCACAUCUCCCAGGCAUCUCGUUGUGGUACAAUUGGAGAAUGACGAAAAGGAGACGACCGAGGGACCGGCCACCGCCGAUCACGAGACAAAGCUUCAUCAUGCGCCCACCACGUUGAUGGUGGAAGAUGAGGGAGGAGAUUACUCCGCUAUUAAUAGCUUCCAUGAUGCGAAAGUUAUAUAUCAGUUGGAGUCGCGAAAGUUAUGGGCCAUUGCGACUCCAAUAGCGUUUAACAUGCUUUGUAAUUAUGGGACGAACUCCUUCACCAACAUCUUCGUUGGGCAUAUCGGAGAUAUGGAGCUUUCAGCUGUCGCGGUUUCUUUAUCUGUCAUCGCUAAUUUCUCAUUUGGAUUUUUGCUUGGCAUGGGCAGUGCACUUGAAACAUUAUGUGGGCAAGCAUUUGGAGCAGGCCAAAUCGAAAUGCUUGGAGUUUACAUGCAGAGAUCAUGGAUAAUCCUGACACUUGCUUCUUUCUGCAUACUCCCACUCUACAUUUGGGCAACACCUUUACUUAAACUCUUGGGUCAACGAGACGACAUCGCAGAUCUCGCCGGAAAAUUCUCCAUCCAAAUCCUCCCUCAGAUGUUCUCCCUCGCCCUAAAUUUUCCGACGCAGAAAUUCCUUCAAGCUCAGAGCAAGGUCAACAUCCUAGCCUGGAUGGGAUUUUGUACGUUGAUUAUACAUAUAGGUUUGUUGUAUGUGUUCAUGGAGGUUUUCCGGCUGGGAACGGUGGGUGCAGCGGCGAGUUAUAAUUUGUCGGCGUGGGGGAUUGCGGUGGCGCAGGUGGUUUAUGUGUUGGGAUGGUGUAAACAAGGGUGGAGGGGGUUUUCGUGGUUGGCUUUGAAGGAUUUGUGGGCGUUUGUGAAGCUUUCGGUGGCGUCGGCGGUGAUGAUUUGCUUGGAGAUUUGGUAUUUCAUGAACAUUAUUGUUCUUACCGGAAACCUUGAAGAUCCUGUUAUUGCAGUUGGAUCCUUAUCAAUCUGCAUGAACAUAAAUGGAUGGGAAGGCAUGUUGUUUAUAGGAGUCAAUGUAGCACUAAGUGUUCGGGUCUCGAACGAGUUAGGGUCUGGACAUCCGAGGGCGGCCAAGUAUGCAGUUAUGGUAACUGUGACGGAAUCCCUUGUAAUGGGAAUCAUUUCUAUGUGCAUCGUUAUGAUGACCAAGAACCAUUUUGCUGCCAUUUUUACGAACUCAAAAGAGAUGCAAACCGCAGUCUCCCAUUUGGCUUACCUUCUAAGUAUUACCUUGGUUCUCAACAGUGUUCAACCGGUCAUUUCAGGUGUUGCCGUUGGGGGAGGAUGGCAAGGACUUGUCGCUUACAUAAAUCUCUUUUGUUAUUACAUUGUAGGGCUUCCUCUCGGGUUUUUUCUAGGUUAUAAAACACAUUUAGGAGUGGAGGGAAUUUGGAUUGGCAUGAUUUGUGGGACUACUUUGCAAACAUUCAUCCUUGUGGUAAUUGUGUGGAAAACCGAUUGGACAGAUGAGGUGGCACAAACAUCAGAACGAAUGAGGCAAUGGGAUGUGGGAAAGGAUUAUGAAAACGAUGAUCAAAAAAUUCCUCUUUCUCAAUGA